UUCCGCCGUCGGCUGGUGUCCCGGAAGCGGCGUCCGGCGAAUCCAGCGAAUCCCCCGGCUCCGGGUGUGGGCGGCGGGAGCAUGCGGGGCGUCCGGCGGCCCGCGCGAGGCGCAUUGGUUUCCCCUCGGCGGCGGCGGCGUCGCGCGGCGGCUUUCCCGUGAGCGGCUGGCGGCUGCUGGGCGCGAGCGGCGGCGCUUGGCCCGCAGGCGGCGGCGGCGCCAUGUGGAGCGGCCGCAGCUCCUUCACCAGUUUGGUGGUGGGCGUGUUUGUGGUGUAUGUGGUGCACACCUGCUGGGUCAUGUACGGUAUCGUCUACACCCGUCCGUGCUCGGGCGACUCCAACUGCAUCCAGCCGUAUCUGGCCCGGCGGCCAAAGCUGCAGCUAAGUGUUUACACCACCACACGGUCCAGCCUUGGUGCAGAGAACAAUGUGGACCUGGUCUUGAAUGUGGAAGACUUUGAUGUGGAGUCUAAAUUUGAAAGGAUAGUUAAUGUUUCUGUACCAAAGAAAACAAGGAACAAUGGGACGCUGUACGCAUAUAUUUUCCUACAUCAUGCUGGGAUUCUGCCCUGGCACGAUGGGAAACAGGUACACCUGAUCAGUCCUCUGACUACGUACAUGAUCCCCAAACCAGAAGAAAUUAACCUGCUCACAGGGGAGUCUACCACACAGCAGCAGAUAGAAGCAGAGAAGAAGCCGUCUAAUGCCCUGGAUGAACCCGUUUCUCACUGGCGACCCAGGCUGACCCUGAAUGUGAUGGUGGAUGACUUUGUCUUUGAUGGGUCCUCCCUGCCUGCAGAUGUGCAUCGGUACAUGAAGAUGAUUCAGCUUGGAAAGACAGUGCACUACCUCCACAUCCUGUUCAUUGACCAGCUGAGCAACCGGGUUAAAGACCUGAUGGUGAUAAACCGCUCCACCACUGAGCUGCCACUCACUGUGUCCUACGACAAGAUCUCACUGGGGCGGCUACGCUUCUGGAUCCACAUGCAGGACGCCGUGUACUCCUUGCAGCAGUUCGGGUUUUCAGAAAAAGACGCAGAUGAAGUGAAGGGAAUUUUUGUAGACACCAACUUAUAUCUCUUAGCGUUGACCUUCUUUGUUGCAGCGUUUCACCUUCUUUUUGAUUUCCUGGCCUUUAAAAAUGACAUCAGUUUCUGGAAGAAAAAGAAGAGCAUGAUUGGAAUGUCUACCAAAGCAGUGCUCUGGCGUUGCUUCAGCACUGUGGUCAUCUUCCUCUUUCUGCUGGACGAACAGACAAGCCUGCUGGUGCUCAUCCCUGCUGGUAUUGGGGCUGCUAUUGAGCUUUGGAAAGUGAUGAAGGCAUUGAAGAUGACAGUGGCCUGGAGAGGCCUGAGGCCUGUGUUUCAGGCCAUGAAGUCCUUGUCUUACCUGCUCUACCCUCUCUGUGUUGGGGGCGCUGCCUACUCACUCCUCAACAUCAAGUAUAAGAGCUGGUACUCCUGGCUCAUCAACAGCUUUGUGAAUGGUAAGUCCAUGUGUCUCCUCCUUGGUGAUGGUGUUUGCAUCUUUGUCAAUUACAAGAUGAAGUCAGUGGCACACCUACCCUGGAAGGCCUUUACCUACAAGGCUUUUAACACUUUCAUUGAUGAUGUCUUUGCCUUCAUCAUCACCAUGCCCACAUCCCACCGACUGGCCUGUUUCAGAGAUGACGUGGUGUUCCUGGUCUACCUUUACCAGAGGUGGCUUUACCCUGUGGAUAAGAGCAGGGUCAAUGAAUUUGGGGAGUCUUAUGAGGAGCAGCCUAAACGGAAGCCCCACCCAGACUGAACGUCUUAGCCCAGGCCCCCAGGUGGCACUGCACAGCACAGUUGUGCCAUGAGUAUUCCUGGGGGCUUUAGGGGAACUUCUAGACAUCACAUCUUCUGCGUUGCCAAAUCCCUCUGAGCAUUUCUCAGUAUCCCUGAGCACCCUCAUAGCACUUAACCACACAGCCCACGAGAACUUGGGUCCUGGUCAUGGUGCCAGUGGGCAGUCACCCAACGGUAGCUCUCAGUGCACGAGUGUCCCAUGGCAGCCAUUGGACACCUGAGCACACAAGGGUAGAGAGAAUGAUGGAUUUCCACGUCAACUUGUCCAAGUGCCCCUUAUGUGGAUUUCACAGACAUGAAAAGUCGUUCUGUAUGGACUCUGGGA